ACUCUCCCAGCACUCGUGCGACACAAGGACUUUAUCUGGACCAGAAGUGACAGAAUUCAAGUGAAAAUUUCACCGAGCAGACCCACACCAGACAGCUGCUGCAGAUCAGUCACUGAGAUUCCAAGGAACACACAAAAAGGUCUGUCUGAAAUCCCUCAUCAUGAGUACUUCAACCAUGUCAAUCUUCCUUCCAACUGCAAGCAGCCAAGUUCAUGGGACUAAUCAGAGUGCGGCUGUGGGAAAGACAGAGCCAUCCUAUGCUGUCCUCAAGUUCAUGGAGAGCUUCUGCCUCAUCAGUGCUGCCUGUGGCAUGGUGGGAAAUGGCAUGGUGCUAUGGUACCUUGGCUUCCGCAUCAGGAGAAACCACUUCACAGUCUACAUCCUGAACCUGGCCGCUGCCGACUUUGGGUACCUCCUCUGCAUUGCCAUAGAGACGGUUCAGUACCUGAUGCAGUUCAACGUGGGGGUGCAGUUUGGGAUAUUCCUCUUCCUGGAUCUUUUCAUGUAUGGGACCGGCUUGUACCUCCUGACCACCAUCAGUAUUGAGAGGUGCCUCUCUGUGCUUUGUCCCAUCUGGUGCAGAAGUCACCGCCCAAAGCACUUGUCUGCCAUCAUCUCUGGCCUGCUCUGGGGUAUCUCCCUGCUGCUGAACACUCUUGGGUAUGUUUUGUGUUCCGUGCAUCGCUCUGCUGGGACCUGCCAGAUCCUGCUCAUCACCAUUGGAGCCUUGGACUUCAUCUUCUGCACACCCCUCAUGCUGCUCUUCAGCCUUACCCUCUUCCUUAGAGUCAAGUGCAGCUCCCAACACCUCCGAACGGGCAGGCUCUUCACCGUCAUCAUGCUCACUGUUCUCUUCUUCCUCAUUUUUGCUGUGCCUUUGAGUACCCUGAUCCUCUUUGACUUCUUGGGCUACAAAUUUCUCUACUCCCCAGAGAUCGGUUUUGUGCUGUCCUGUGUGAACAGCACCCUCAACCCUGUCAUUUACUUCCUGGUGGGAAGCUACAGGGAUCGGAGAAUCAAGUUUACCCUCAGGCUGGCAUUCCAGAGGGCCUUUGAAGAUUCAGCAGAUGACAAAGAUGAGCGGGAAACCCAUGACACAAUCACUAUGUCUUCCUAAACCCAUCCUGUGUAUAACAGCAGCACUGGUCUGGAGCUGAGGGCUGGUAGUUUAACGAACUGAAGAUCUCUGAGAUAUUGGGGUAGGUUUAUCUCACAUGACCUCCAGUAUCUUCAUUGUAGAUCUCCAGCCUUUAGCUAGUUAUUUUAAGCUCCAUCAAUGGUCAGUGGAAACACAUAAACACCUGGACCACAGAAGUUACCUGACCUAUGUUAGGACUACAUUGAAAGUAUCUAUUUCUCUUCAGUGGCCAUUGAAGGAUUUCAGCUUGGUAAGGUAGGAUAUCUUGGUGUCUGCAUUACAUCAAAGGAAUCCCACUCAGAAUCUGCAGUUCACUUAAUAAAUCUCUGUCUUUCAGAGUAAAACAAUAUCAAACUCAUAAAUUUCAGUCACUUUUUACUCAGGUCUCUGAAAAUGAGAUAGGAACCAAUCCUCCUCCUGUUGAAAUCAGCCAUGGAAUUCCUGGAAGGACUCUAUCUAUCUCACUUCAUGUUAAAUGCCUGUAUCUUAGCCACACAUGUAAUUUUCUGCAGCUCAUAGGGUGCACAAUUCUUUGCUCUCUCAAGCUUAUUUCAAAUGGUGAAAUGAUUAAUGCCCUGGAAGUUCAUUUCUUCUAUUAGCAAGGGAAGUUUCCAUACCAUGGAGUUGUGAUGCAGUAGGAAAGGGCCCCAGCCCCUACCAACUUGCCUUAAAACUUUAUGCACUGAAUUACAUUCUCCCUUUUCUUGUGUUUCAAAGAAAUACAGGGCUGGAGUUGCAUAUUACUUUACCUUCCUCCAGCCCAAGAGUAUCUUCAUCUAACUACAGCACGCGUUGGGUUGUUAUUCCUUCCUUUAAGAAGGACUGAUAAGAACCCAUGGCUUCUAACAUCCCCUUUACUGACAGAAUUAAAAUCAAGGGUAGGGAAAAAAAUAAGAAACAGAAAAAAGGUAUAUGAACACCACAGUUUGCAACAAAUUAUUCUCUAGACCCUUGAAAUGCAAUGUGUGAUUAUUUGAAGUGUAGUACUAUCAGACUACAUAACAUUAGCACUUUUAACAAGAUUAUAUAGGAAAAGGCAACACAGGUCAUUUUCUUUGAGAAACCCUCCAGAUUUCCAUUUCAUACCUUCAUUUGUGAAUACUUUCCUAAAGGGAAGCUGCAUUCUUCUGUUGUUAUUAUCUUUAUCUUGUUGCUUUUUGCUUCCUGAUUACAGUUCCUGAAAGCUGAAAUUUGAGUUCCAUUUCCACUAUUCUUUAAUGUUGUGCUCUUCUGCAAUGUACAUACAGUUGAUCCAGAUUAGGCCUGUGUCAUCAAUUAUGUUUAGUAAGGUGGUUAUUUUCCUUCUAACUUCUCCUGCUGAGGGGAAGAGAGUGUCCCUUUAUCAGAAAACAUGUUCUGAAUGUUUUGUUUUGAAUGUCUGUAAUGAUUUUAUCACUGGGAGAACUGAAUCUUUUCUGUUAUUGUAAAAAAUAAUAAACCCCCUUUUUUUAAAGGGAAAACAAUUUGCAUUUAAAAAUAUUCUUGUGCUCAGAAGAAGCCAUCAACUGAUAAAAACAUAUAAACUGAUAAAACAUAUAACCCUUUCCGUCCUGAGUUUGUCCUUAAACAUACCCAACAUGCAGCAGUUGAUGUGAACACAUUUUACACAUCACAUCAAUGUGAACACUUUACUUCCAACCUUGGACCUUUAAAAGGUGAUGCCUGCAUAGAAAUACCAUCAUAAACACCCUCAGUUGUCCAUGGUGAAAGACUAGUGUUCUUGGGGGUGGCAUCUGCCAGAUACUUGCAGGGAAAUGAAUGAAGGGAUGAGCUUCUGGGGCUGAUGGUGGUGCAGAAGAGCUUCAGAAGCAGCUGAGGAAGGCACGCACCACACAGUCCUGCACAGUACAGGAGUCUCAGUGAGGCCUGACAUCAAAAAGUGUUACCUGGUGCAGAUUAGACUUUUCAGACCCUCUCUCAUGGCAACUGCUUCAAAUCCCUGUGGGUGUCCCAUGAAGCCCUGGCCAGAAGAAAUCUAGAGCAUCUUUUCUGGAAUCACAGAGGGGAGGCCCAAGGUGUUGGAGAACACAGGCAGGAUUAGUUCUGGUCAAGGACAUCCUCAUUUCUGAAUAUACCUUUAUGGCAGAAUUCAUUUCUCCUCAUUUUUACUCCUUUCAUGCACCUUCAAAAAUCACUCACAUAGAAACAAAGGGGGCCUUUCUCCCUUCUUCACACCCAGCUCAGGGAGCAGGGGAGGCUUUGGGUACAUCUCAAACAAUGUGACAGAUCCCUGCAUCCAGGAAUUGAGCCAAGGAGAGAGAUGGGCUCAGGCUGUUGCGUGGGCUCUUGGACAUUCUACAUGGCCUCUGCUAUGCCAUAUUUAAUCCUCAAUAUGCCACCUACUUUGUUUUUUCCCUAAGAGAACAGAUGUCAUCUAGGCUAGAAUUAAAAUGCUAAUGUUAUUUAAGAUGUUAGAAUUACCACAAACUUUAAAGUACAGGUACUAUCAUUUUACUUUUUCUAUUCAGGUUAGUAAAGUACCACCACAUCUCCCCUGGCAUUGAACUAGACAGGAAUUUGGAAGGUUUGGAAAACAAGGCAGAAAACUUGAUGGCAUCCAAAGAGAAAGCGUACCUUGGACAAGCAGAUGAGCUAAGGACAGAAGUGAAGCAGUCAUGGCAGGGAGAGGUGAUUGUUUGUUAUAUCAAAAUAAUUAAACUUGGCAAAUUUCAGGUUAAGCAUAUUCUGAGAACAGUCCCUCUGAACUCAACCUUGUGUCACCAUUCAGUGAGGUGACUCCUCCACUGAUCUCUGCAGGCGCUAUCUCCUACCUUCAAUCUUUGUUUUACUGUUCAGAGGGUCUCUACAGCAAAACAAACUCCUUGGAAUUCUUGUGAUAUUCUUUAUAGAAUAGUAGAUUAAACAAAAAUGCUGCUAUUGGCAGUAAGAAAAACCUCUGGGUGCAACAUGUGGUAACCAGAUAAAAAUGUAACGGGUUUGAUACAUGCCCAAGGAGAAUAUCAGGCAGGAAGGCCAUGACGAGAAUAUAGAUCUCUCCCAGCUGAGACUGCUCUGGGUAUGGUUUAGGUGUUAACAAAGAGGGGAAGAUGGAAAAAAAAUAGGAGCAAAAACAAAUCAGGAGAUCUGACCCUGACUGUUCUAUGAUUAUGUGAUUCUAUGUGCUCAUAUCUAUGUUCAUGGUUAAAACUCAUUGCUCCACACAUUAGGCUAUAGGCUCUGCUGUUGCUGGGCUCAACACUGGACCAAAGAGGGGAAUUACUGAUGCCAAAAUACCAAAUAACCUUACUGCUGGUGGGCGACUGCUGUUGCAGGUGAAUUUCUAGCACUGUUGAUUUCAGAGCUUUGAAAUAAGACAUGAAGUUGCCAAUUCUAUUAGCCUGCAUGAGGGAGCAAGUGCACCAUUAAGCACCAACAGGGUGUGUGCCUGAGGCUGGAAACCUCAUCCUUUCAAAGAUGAUGAAGAAAAGAGAAAUGGAAGGGUGCAAAUCAACCCAAACAGAAAAAACGGCAAAGGUACCCAACGAUAGGCACACAGCUCAAAAGGGAUCAUGGCCAUGAACAAGGAGUGAACAUAAGAUGGCUCUGUAUGACAUAAGGUAAGGUGGAGGGGAAGGGUAAGAACAGAUAGGAGAAGGAAUGCAUAAAAUCAUAAAAUCACAGAAUGAUUUGGACUAGAAGGGACCUUAAAGCUCAGCCAGUUCCAGUAACCUGCCAUGGGCAGAGAGACCUUCUACUACAGCACGUUUC